CAACAGAUACCUUUUUCUUUGAAUCUCUUCAGUGUUGAAAAACCUUAUGUGGUUGGAACAUUUUCCACCUCAAAAAUAUCCCAAUUCUUGAUAAACGUUUUCAAGAAUUGUUUUUUUCCACUUUUUUCUUACAUUCUAUUACUUUGCCCCUAAUAAAAAUACCCAACUUGUUGAAAUUUCAACUAUAAGGGGCAAUUUACUUGUCAAUCUUCAGUUUUCUUGGAACCCCAUUUCAGUUAUUCUCUUGUUUUCAUUUGGGUAUCUCUUGAUUUCUUGAACUUUUUUGUUUCUAAAUCUUGGUUGUUGUGGGGAAAAAUGGUGGGGGCUUUGUCUGUUGUGGGUUCACCUAUGGUGGAUGCCCAUUCUAGCCCUUGUUUGUGUUUGGAUGCUCUGCCUACUUGUAAUUUGGGUAUUGGGGAUUCACUUGUUAGGAAGCAGAAGCAAUUGCCAAGAUUGGGAACAAUGGAAUUGAGUACUUCUUUUGUAGAUUUGAGGUUUUCAGCAAAAUGUGUUAAGGGUAAUUACAAGAAUUUGAAGAAACAGACAAAGGGUAGGAAGAACCUUAGGAUUGUUAAUGAUUUAGGUGGACAGUAUGAAGAAAGCUUUAGUGACAUUAAAACACAAAUUCUCAACUACUUCACAUAUAAAGCAGUGAGGACUGUUUUGAACCAGCUUAAUGAAAUGAACCCUCCACAAUAUCAUUGGUUCAAUGAUUAUGUUACAGCAAAUAAGCCUAGUGAUGGAAAGCGUUUCAUUCGUAACCUUGCAAAGGAGAAGCAAGAACUCGCUGAAAAGGUGAUGGCAACACGGCUCAGUCUGUAUGCGAAAUGGAUAAAAAAAUGUGAUCACGAGGAGAUAUACAACCGAAUAUCUGAUCAAAAUGUGGAAGUGAUGCGUGAGCGACUCAUGGAGACUGUGAUUUGGCCAUCGGAUGACACGAACACUGGGAUGAAAUAACUUCAUUGGCCAUUGCAUGCUGUUGAUUUCACUUCACUUUUCUCUUUCAGAUUCUGUUUCUAUUAGCUUUUCCACUGAAUAUUUCCAGUAAAAGUUGAUGUUGUAUUCUUCUCAGAUCAUUGGGGGUUCUUGAACUUAAAUUGUAUAUAAAAAGGGACUUUGUAUAUCAUAUUCAGUAUAUUAUUUUAGUGUUAGUUGA